AAACGGAAUAGACCCAGAAAAAUGUCGGAAAACUGACGCGUUUCACUCCUGGACGUAAAGAUCGAUCGACGCCAACGUGAUGAAGAAGAAGACGGGAAAGUUGCAGGGCGACAGCAUCAAGGAGGACUGCUGUGCUCUGUGCAGGUUCAGUGACGAUGAUCCGGCCUUGUUCGGGGAAAAAGUGACUCUCAAAGAGCACAAGCUGUCCGUCCACUACUUCUGUUUGCUUACGUCUUGUGGAGUUUACCAGCGAGGAGAAGAGAACGAAGGCAUCUUCGGCUUCCUGGUGGACGACAUCAAACAGGAGAUCCGACGCUCGGCUCGACUGUCGUGCUGCGUCUGUAAGAAGAAGGGAGCUUGUGUCGGCUGCAACGUCAGAAGCUGCAGGAAGAUGGUUCACUUUCCCUGCGGGAGGAAACAGAUGUUUGUCUCUCAGUUUACUGGACUUUUCCCGUCUUACUGUCCGGAUCACAGUCCGGCUCAGUCCCUGUGUGGAGGUUUGGACAUCAGCCUGCCUCAGUCCUGCUCCAUCUGUCUGGACUCCAUCGACCCCGUCCUCUCCUUCUCCGUUCUCAAGUGUCCGUCCUGCCACACCAGCUGGUUCCACAGAGACUGUGUGCAGCGUCAGGCCCACAGUGCAGGACUCUUCUUCUUCAGAUGCACUCUGUGCAACAGCAAGGAGCACUUCCAGGAGGAGAUGCUCAGGAUGGGCAUCUACAUCCCAGAGAGAGAUGCUUCAUGGGAGUUGGAGGCCAACGCCUUCUCAGAGCUGCUGGAGGUUUACACCCGCUGCGACGCUCUCAGCUGCCUCUGUGAGAAAGGACCGACUCACUCUGCCAAGAGCGGCUGGUUCGAAGUGAUUCGCUGCCGACUGUGUGGAUCCACAGGAACCCACAGGAGAUGUUCGGACCUGAACGUGGACACCAGAGACUGGGCCUGCAGCGAGUGCACACAGGCCACCGAUGGGAAAGCCUCUCUGGUCGCGUCUCCUCAGGGAGUUCAGAGGAGGAGUCUGCUGUCCAAACGCCACCUGUCCCCCAUCUGCUCCCCCAUCAGCUGUAAAAGACCCUCUCUACCUGUGCAGGCCGGCUCCCCUGAGGAGCUGCUGCAGGCGCUGCUGCCUCAGCUCUGCCCCCUCAGCGUGCAGGUGGAGGUGAGUGGGGAGGAAGUUCUGUCCGCAGGUCUGGAGCUGGUCAGGAGGAGCGAGUUCGACCCGACUCAGGUUCUGUCUGUCAGGUUCACAGGUGAGCAGCAGACUGCGUUUCCCAGCAGCCCACAGGGCGACGACUCGGCCCGGCAGCACUUCCUGAAGCUGCUGGUGCAGCAGAUCCAGGACUGUGUGGUAUUCGAGGGUCCAGAUGGAGCCAAGAAUCUGGCUCUGAACUCCCAGGCGCUGCGUGAGGAUCUGUACUUCGACGUCGGCUGCCUGCUGGCUCUGUCUCUGGUUCACGGCGGUCCACCUGUCGGCUUCUUCUCUCCGGCCCUCUACCAGUGUCUGUUCAACCAUCCGGCCCACCGCCCGCUCACCGUCGGUCACAUGACCCCCAACACGCCACUGACCCGCCGAGUCGGCCAGAUCGCUGAGGCCGAGUCGCUCGAUGAGCUCAGAGAAGCGAUGGUGGCGAGCUGCGACUUCCUGGAGAUGGCCGGCUGCAACCGACCAAUCAGCAGCCUGGAGGAGAGAGAAGCUCUGGUGGAGGAUCUGGUGAAUUUCACCAUGAUCACCAGGAUGCAGCUGCCUCUGCAGAGGUUUCGUGAAGGUCUGCAGACUUUGGGCGUCUUUGAUCAGGUGACUGAAGUUUACUUUUCUCCCUGAGAGUGUUUCCUGUGAACACCAUCAGUCUGUGUUCUUUUAUUUGUCAGAAAUCUGCAUUUUCCUGUUAUUUCUGAGCAUUUGAUAGCCAAAACAAAUAAUAAUAGGUUUAUUGUGUUC